AUUGUUCAGUUCAAGGGAAUGAAGAAUUCAGAAAAAUUUUGAUAAAUGGAUGCCAAUAUGGGGAAUAAGAAUAAGCUGAACAUUUGAUCUGCUUUGAAGAAACAUACUGUCCAUUUGUCUAAAGUGAUUGAUAACUACCAAACCAAUCAAAAUGAAUUCUACAGUAGUUUUACGGGUUGAAAAUCAUUCAAUCUACUAUAAUUUUUCAAAAAAUAAUUCCCAGUUUUUGGCUUUUGAAAUUGAUGAUUGUCAUCUGCCCUUGGCCAUGAUAUUUAUAUUAGCACUAGCUUAUGGAGCUGUGAUAAUUCUUGGGGUCACUGGAAACUUGGCCUUAAUCAUAAUUAUCUUAAGACAGAAAGAGAUGAGAAAUGUUACCAACAUCCUGAUUGUGAACCUUUCCUUCUCAGACUUGCUUGUUGCCAUCAUGUGUCUCCCCUUCACAUUUGUCUACACAAUAAUGGACCACUGGGUUUUUGGUGAGGCAAUGUGCAAGUUGAAUCCUUUUGUGCAGUGUGUUUCGAUCACUGUGUCCAUUUUCUCUCUGGUUCUCAUUGCUGUGGAACGACAUCAGCUGAUAAUCAACCCACGAGGGUGGAGACCAAAUAAUAGACAUGCUUAUGUAGCUAUUGCUGUCAUCUGGCUCCUUGCUGUGGCUUCUUCUUUGCCCUUCCUGAUCUAUCAAGUCAUGACUGAUGAACCACUCCAGAAUUUUACACUUGAUGAGUACAACGACAAAUAUGUGUGCUAUGAUAAAUUUCCCUCAGAAUCUGAUAGGUUGUCUUAUACCACUCUCCUCUUGGUGCUGCAGUAUUUUGGUCCACUCGGUUUUAUAUUUAUCUGCUACUUCAAGAUAUAUAUACGCUUAAAAAGGAGAAACAACAUGAUGGACAAGAUGAGAGACAAUAAGUACAGGUCCAGUGAAACCAAAAGAAUCAACAUCAUGCUGCUCUCCAUUGUGGUAGCAUUUGCAAUCUGCUGGCUGCCUCUUACCAUCUUUAAUAUUGUCUUUGAUUGGAACCAUCAGGUCAUUGCUGUAUGCAACCAUAAUCUCUUCUUCCUGCUCUGCCACCUUACAGCAAUGCUAUCCACCUGUGUCAACCCCAUAUUUUAUGGAUUCUUGAACAAAAAUUUCCAGAGAGACUUGCAGUUCUUCUUCAACUUUUGUGAUUUCCGGUCUCGGGAUGAUGACUACGAGACAAUAGCCAUGUCUACCAUGCACACAGAUGUUUCUAAGACUUCUUUGAAGCAAGCAAGCCCAGUCGCAUUUAAAAAAAUCAACAACAAUGAUAAUGAUCUGAAACUGCUGUAGUAUUCUGUCCCACUUGACAUAUGUUUCAAAAUAAGCACAACCUGCAAGAUGCUUUGAUUACUGUUCAACCAAGGAAAGGGGUUGAACUCAUUGAAGAAGGACUAAGAUGUUCUUGUCUUGCUUUUUACUGCUUACGUUGUAGCUGUUUUAAUUGCAUUUGGAACAAAAUGUCUGGGCUUUCGAAUCUUCUGGCAAUAGUUUUGACCAGAUAUCCUUGAAGUGCUUUUUGUAAAUUGAUGCAUAUACUAUAAAAACUUUUUAUAUUGUAUUUAUUGAAAUGAAAUUUCUUUAAAAUAUU